UUUACUAGAUUCCCUAGUUUCCAUGCUGUUGAUAAUAUGCAAAGACAUGGACGACAAUUGAAGUGGGGUACAUUGAAAUGCAUAUGAGUUGUCUCUGGUAAAAAGAAAUGGCAGCAUUGCUCCUUUCCAUAGCUGCUGUUCCCCAAAUUUAUAGACUUAGUAUCAGCCAGUUUGCGGUUCUGGGGAUUGUUAUCAUAACGAGGUUCAAUGUGCAGAUCUCCUGAGGAAGGUGUGGAUUCUUUACUGCAUGGCAACUUCAAUUGCAGCCAUAGUUGGAGGUGUUGGAGGAAUUCUAGCAUUCUUGGUGGUAAUCAGCUUGAUUUUUUGGUUCUGCAUUUCACAUUGUCAAAAGCCGUCAAAUAAGAACUCAGAGACGGGUUCUUCAGAUCCAUCUGCAGUAGUGGAGUUGAAAAGAGGUGGAGCCAGUUCGUCCACAUCGCCACCUCUAGCGGGACCACAGGAAGCAAGGCAAUUCAGAUUGGAAGAAUUGGAACAAGCUACCAGAAAUUUUGAUGAGGGCAAUCUCAUUGGAUGUGGAAGCCUUGGUCUGGUCUAUAAAGGAUUGCUUUGUGAUGGUACUGUUGUGGCUGUCAAGAGGCUGACUGGUGCUCCUAGACGAGAAUUUGUUGAAGAGGUGAUUGGCUUAUCAAGAAUUCAUCACAGGAACCUUGUUACACUUCUUGGCUACUUCCAGGAUGGUAGCUACCAAAUGCUAAUUUUUGAAUAUUUACCAAAUGGCAGCAUCUGUAACCAUUUAUAUGACACUGGAAAAGAAGGAAUGCCAAAACUGGAAUUUAGGCAAAGGCUGUCUAUAGCUCUUGGGGCAGCAAAAGGUUUAUGCUAUUUGCAUGGCCAAAUCCCUCCCUUAGUGCAUGGAAACUUCAAGACAGCCAAUGUCUUGGUUGAUGAGAACUUCACUGCUAAAGUUGCAGAUGCAGGGCUCUCAAUAUUACUGGGGAAAUUUGAAUUUGCAGGUCCAUCUUCCACAAGUGCCAAUGCUUUCAGAGAUCCAGAGAUGGUCAAAAUGGGUAGAUUUUUUGAAACAAGUGAUGUGUACAGCUUUGGCGUAUUUCUAUUGGAGCUCAUAACUGGAAUGGAUGCUUCUCAUAUGGGCGCCUUCGGAUCCAGUGAAAGCGUAGUGACAUGGGUUGAAAGGCAUCUGGAUUCAAACAACAUGGUUGAUCAUCGGCUAGUUGGGAGCUUUACAGAGGAGGGCAUGAGGGAUUUGAUCAGACUGAUGUUGCGAUGCAUGAGCUUUCCGGGAAGAUUGAGGCCAACUAUGGAGAUGGUAGCCAUAGAGCUUGAUCAGAUACUGGAGAAAGAGAUCAUGCUUACAACAGUAGUAGGUGAAGGUACAAUAGUCACUCUGGGAAGCCAACUAUUCACAAAUUAAAACAAUGUCACAAGCAAAGAUGUGAAAGAAGAAUGUGGAAAAGGAAAUAAAGAAAUAUGUAUCAGUGAAGUCGAUCAUCGUCGAAGCAGGCAUUCUGGAAUUAGCAAAAAAGAAGCCAGCAAGCAAAGUUUGGAUCAUUUUUCUACAACAUAUCUCUUUCAGAGGAGAUUCUGAGACAGAAAUCAGGGCCAGAAAAGAGGCUCAAAUCAAUUGUAAUUGAUAUUGUUGCAAUAGGCUAGAAGUAUAUUGAGUUAUCAACCCCUUUGUUUCACUCUAGAGUUGUGUGAGUAAUUGGUUCAACAGAAAUAACAGUGUUGAAUCAGUAAAAACUUCAAUUCCAAAUGUUCAUGUUGUUUCAUUAGUCUCUAGCUCUAGGUCCUGCUACUGCAUCUUCCACCAAAUUAUGAGGAAACAACUGUUGGAUAUAUUCAUUGUGAAGACUUUGUAAUGAUUGGUUAUGUGAAUGAUGAAAAUAAUAUUUUCA